GAGGAGGGGUGGCGAGAGUAACUAGAGUGCAUGGGCAGGGGUACUUGCUAAUACUUGCUGGGGUUACUUACUCGGCUCGAUAUAAGGGGAGUACAUGUGUCAGUGAAAAAGGAUACAUAUUUAGGACGGAACUUAUACAAAAGCAUGGCUGCUAACGAGGAUCAAGAGAUGGAGCUGGAAGCUUUGCGAUCAAUUUAUGAAGGGGACGACAGCUUCAAGGAGCUGGGACCUACAUGUUUCCAGUACCGGGUUGGUGACAACGGUGAUUCCAAAGCCUUCCUUAUUGACAUAUCCUGGCCCGAAACGUACCCAGACGGCCCCCCUACCAUUUCAAUGAAUGCAUUUUUUAAUAAUCAGAUCUCUCCAGCUGUUAAGCAAAGUAUACUAAGCAAGUUACAGGAGCAGGUAGAUGCCAAUCUUGGCACAGCCAUGACUUACACACUGUUUGAGUUUGCCAAAGACAACAAAGAAGAUUUAAUGGAAAACCACCAGCCCCAUAGCAAUACCAAUGCACCGGGAAAUGACAUCACAGUAGAGACGGCAAGUGUAACAGCAACUAGUAAGAAAAAAGAUAAAAAGGAGCAGCUGACAAAAGCCCAAAAGAGAAAAUUAGCAGAUAAAAUAGAUCAUAAAGGCGAGCUUCCUCGUGGGUGGAACUGGGUUGAUGUUAUUAAGCAUCUGUCAAAGACGGGAUCCAAUGAGGACGACUAAAAAAGAGCUUGGAAUCUUUUAAUACAUCAAACACCAUCAAGAAAACGACCUUCUAUAGUUUAUUUUACAACACUUAUUUAUUAAAGAGAUUAAAAGACAUUUUCUAGAGGUCCUGUUCAAUAAACAGUGUGUCUUUUUACUAAAUUAUCUUAUAUUGGCAUUGCAGCAUUUAUGUUAUCUGUGACACAUUCGCUAGAAAUUAUUCUAUUUGUUUGUGGAUGUUUUGGGAGAAUUCUUUUCUGCCUUGCAAAAUGAUGCUUCUACUAUGCCGAGGCUGAGAUAUUUUGUGCUUUUAGGUUUAUAAGCAGUGUGAUUCCAGCCACUGAAAGCCUGUAAUACUUUAAAUCCAAUUGAAAUCCAAUUUGUGUUCCUUUUUUUUUUUAAACAUUUUUCUCAGGGUCCUGUGCCUGGGGGGGUCACUUAAUAACUGGUGUGAAACUAAUUAUGCACCUUGUUUUAAUUGUUAUUAUGUGUUGUAUAAAGAAAUUCCUUGUA